UAUCCUUCCGCACACUUCCCAUGGACAUUGCGUACCGGUAUCUUUGUAUUUCCUUUCCUCCGUUUUUCCCGCCGGCGGGAUUUUCUCCGAGAUCAAACUCCCGGUCUUCUGGUUCCAAGCUCACGAUGAAGCCUCAAUUCCCGAUUAUUGUCUAUAGCAGUUUUAGAAGUAACGAGUUUAAAUUCUAUCGCCAUCGAAUGCGAAAUUCUUCCUUGAUUCUACGAUAUAUGGUGCCCGAAAAUGACGGAAAUGGAGACGACAAUUUCAAGUCAUUUGGGCAUUGGGUUAGUGUUUCACGUUCGUUGUUUCCUGAUGGCAGUUGGUGGAAUUUAGAUGAGCAUAAGAAAGUAGAAAUUGGAGCUGCGAAGCCUCUUACGGUUUAUUUAGCUCUUCGUCGGAUGUGGAAAUUGGUUUGGGAUAGUAAUCGAUGGGUUCUCCUCGUUGCUUUUGGAGCCUUAACCAUUGCUGCGAUUUCUGAAAUUUCAAUGCCGAGCAUAUUGGCAGCAUCUAUUUUUUCUGCUAGCAGUGGCAAGACUAUUGCGUUUGCUAAAAAAUUGCAGCUCUUGGUCAUUCUUUCUUUUACAUCAGGAAUAUUCAGUGGCCUGCGAACUGGCUGCUUUGGAGUUGCGAAUAUAAUCCUGGUUAAGCAUCUCAGGGAGAUUUUGCAUUCGGCUAUUCUUUUUCAGGAUAUGUCUUUCUUUGAUACAGAGACGGUUGGUAAUUUGACAAGCAGGCUUGGAGCAGAUUGUCAACAAUUGGCUCAUGUUAUUGGAAAUAAUAUCAAUUUGAUUACACGAAAUGCUCUUCAGGCUAUAGGUGCAUUGGCCAAUUUGCUGACAUUAUCUUGGCCUCUUGCAUUAUCUACGCUGGUGAUUUGCUCUGUUCUAUCAGCAAUCUUUCUACUUUAUAGUCGGUAUGUAAUGAAAACAGCAAAGCUGAACCAAGAAUUCACGGCUGGUGCUAGUGAAGUUGCACGUGAAUCACUUACUCUGGUGAAAACCAUCAGGAUCUGUGGAACUGAAAGAAAAGAAGUUGAAAGAUACAAGCAAUGGCUGGACAAGUUAGCUUUUGUAAGUACUCGAGAAAGUGCAGCCUAUGGAUUGUGGAAUAUGAGUUUUGGUGCCCUGUAUAGGUCAACUCAGGUUUUUGCAGUACUCUUAGGAGGGAUAUCUAUUAUGAGUGGUCGGACAUCAGCUGAGCAGCUUACAAAGUAUGUUUUGUACUGUGAGUGGUUGAUUUAUGCAACAUGGAGGAUCACAGACAAUCUAUCAUCUUUGCUAUAUUCAAUUGCAGCAAGUGAAGCAGUCUUCCAAUUAAUGGAUCUCCUGCCUAGCGAGCAAUUUUUGUCCAAAGGAGUGAAGCUGCAGGAGUUAACAGGACAUAUUCAGUUUGUUGACGUGUCCUUUCAUUAUCAUUCAAGGGACAUGCUUCUGGAACACAUAAAUAUUACUCUACAGGCAAAUGAAGUGGUAGCGAUUGUUGGGCCUAGUGGCUCUGGAAAAAGCACUCUAGUCAAUCUUUUGCUCCGUCUUUAUGAACCAACCAGUGGUCAGAUUUUUGUUGAUGGCCGUCCCCUCAAGGAAUUGGAUAUUAGGUGGCUGAGAGAGAAGAUCGGAUUUGUUGGACAGGAACCCCACCUCUUCCACAUGGACAUCAAGUCAAAUAUAAGAUAUGGCUGUCCUAUGGAUACCACGCAAGAAGAUAUAGAAUUGGCUGCAGAGCAGGCAUGUGCUCAUGAAUUUAUCUCAUCUUUCCCUAAUGGCUACGAUACCAUUGUUGAUGAUAAUCUACUUAGUGGGGGCCAAAAGCAACGGAUUGCUAUAGCAAGGGCCAUUCUUAGAGACCCUGCUAUCUUAAUUCUUGAUGAAGCCACGAGUGCUCUAGAUUCUGAAAGUGAACAUUAUGUCAAGGGGGCUAUUUCUGCAUUCAAAAGUAAACGAGGUGGACAGAAAACUGUCAUCGUGAUAGCUCAUAGACUCUCUACAAUAGAGGCUGCUGACAAGAUACUUGUAAUGGAUAGAGGUCGCGUUGUUGAGAUUGGUAACCACAAAGAGCUCCUUUGCAGAGAUGGCUAUUAUGCUAAAUUAGUCAAAAUACAUAAAAAUGUGCUCGCUUGAGUCUCUGCUUAACAUCUGGAUUGAUAUCAGAAUUAUUGGCAUUGAUUUACAUUUACAAAAGCCUAUAAAUCCUUUGGAAAAAUGUUUGUACCGAAGUGGAUAACUUGGUCUGAUAAAGAAACGGGAACGAUAUUUUUAACUCUAUUCCUAUGAAAUUCCACAUGGCUGUAAAAGUUGGUGAUAUCCAUGCCAUUCAUCUUAUGCCCAAACUUGGGUCGAUCGUUGGAAGAACAAACAUGGCAUAUUUCACCACGACGUCUGCCCGUGGCAACUCACUUUCCCAGCCACAUACCAUGGUCGCCUUGGUCAUUUGUAGAUCACUCGAAAUGAUCGAUCGACUGGUGAAACAUCGGAGUAAACAUGAAACGAGAUGAGAGGUAAUUUGGCUGUUCCAUAAAGGGAAAACACUCUUGUGAAUGAAGUACAAUGUCUCAGAAUCUUGGUAUUAAUUUUCCUUCUGCUUUAUUAUUUAUCUUCAUUAUGAGACUACUCUGGAAAGUAGCUUCUUAGAGAGAGGAAUUUUUCUCCAUUUGCAAGUAAAUUUAUACUCUUAUAUCUCUAUGAAAAUGUUGGCUUGAAUUUCU